UAGCAAUAGCGUUACGACUCUUUUAAAAAUAUUAACUUAUCUGCAAUAUGCCGAUUGCGACACAAGUAUUUCAAAUUUAUCGUUCUUCGCUGUAAUUUAUUAAUCGUAAAUCAAGAUGUAUUGUCUGCAAUGGCUGAUUCCCGUUCUUCUAAUACCAAAGCCUGUGAACCCGGCAUUGGUGAAUACUCAUGUAAUGUUCAUGGUGUUAUAUUUAAUAGGAUUUUUCUUAGAACGGAAACCCUGUACGGUAUGUAGCGUCGUCUUCCUAGUGACUGUGAUUUUAAUAUGCUACAGCGGUAUCGGUAAUUGUUUGUUUUGGAAUCAAUGUGAAACGGAAAAGUAUGAUUCCUAACCGUGCUCUUAUUCUUCCAAAGUGAAAACUCUGUGCUCAAGAAGGUGACUUUCCGUCAAGAAGCGAGAUUUGGAAGCAUAACCAACAGCCGUUAUCUAUAUAAAUAAUUCUACAGUCACUGACAUUGUGAGUAACAGUAAUAAUUGACUACGAAUAUUAAAUUCUAAAGUUUAUUCAAUGCUAAUAUAUUGAAUAACUCGAGACGAUGACGAAUUCAUUCAAAAUUACCAUAUAGUAAUGUUCAUAAUACAUUUCAUAUUUACAAAUGGAAAAACUUCAUUUAGUACCUAUACUCUGUUCGAAAAACAAAUAUCAAAUGAAUACUUGAUAUUAAAAUAAAAUAGCACUUCUUUGUAUUCAUAAUUUUUGUUAAGUAUAAGUAUUGAUUCUAAGUAUGAAAAAAAAUAUGUAUCUUCUCAUUAAAUAACAUUUCUUAAAGUUAGACAAUGUUACAAAUCUAUAUUGAAAAUUGAUUAUUCAAUGCCCAAAACAUGUACAUUGUGCAAAAAAGCAUGUUUUUAAUUUAGUUUUUUUUUUCUUCUUUAAUUGGUCA